AUGGAAAGAAGGCUAGGAAUGUACGGUAACGAUAGAAGUAGAUCGCGGUCACCUGUGCGUCGUCGUUUGAGCGAUGGCAGGGACAGAUAUAACGAUUAUAAGGAUAGUAAUAGUAGCAGUGGCAAUAGCAGUCGCCGUCACAGGGGCGAUCGAGGCUCCCGUUUUAAUGAUCGUUACGACGACCAGGACUAUGGCAGCGGCCGUUACCACGAUGACAGGGAUUGGCCUCCUCGCCGAGGAGGACGUGGUGGAAGAGGAGGAAGCAGACCUUUCAGAGGGGGUCGUGGUGGCGGUAGGGGACGUACUUUAGGUCCCAUUGUUGAGAGAGAUCUAGAAAAGCAGUUUGACGCCACCAGUAGGAAUUUUGAAAACAGCAUUUUUGUAAGAAACUUAACCUUCAAUUGUACCCCUGAAGACCUCAAAGAACUCUUUGGCACAGUUGGUGAAAUCGUGGAGGCAGAUAUUAUUACAUCUAAGGGCCAUCAUCGCGGCAUGGGUACGGUAGAAUUUACCAAUAAUGAAUCUGUGCAAGACGCCAUAUCGAAAUUCGAUGGCGCACUUUUCAUGGAUCGUAAACUUAUGGUAAGGCAGGAUAAUCCCCCACCUGAAGCCGCUAAAGAAUUUUCUAAAAAGGCUACUAAAGAGGAAAUAGAUAACGGGUUCGAAGUAUUCAUUAUUAAUUUGCCGUACUCAAUAAAUUGGCAGUCUUUAAAGGACAUGUUUAAAGAAUGCGGACAUGUUUUACGCGCCGAUGUAGAAGUGGAUUUCAAUGGAUUCUCCAGAGGGUUCGGAUCCGUCAUUUACCCCACAAAGGAUGAAAUGAUCAGGGCCAUCGACACAUUCAACGGCAUGGAAGUGGAAGGUAGAGUUUUGGAAGUUAGAGAAGGCCGUUUCAACAAGAGAAAGGACAAUGAUCGUUAUGAUCAGAACCCUGAAGAUCUCGAAAGUAUAAGAAUCGCUGAACCGGAUCUUGCGCAAGACACCACCGCCCACAUCGAUGAGACGGCGGUAAGAUUCACUGAAGGUGUCAGCCCAGGUGGAGAUAGAAACUGUUUCAUUUAUUGUAGUAAUUUACCAUUCUCAACGGCAAGAAGCGAUUUGUUCGAUUUGUUCGGACCGAUCGGUAAAAUCAAUAACGCAGAAUUGAAGCUACAGGAAAAUGGCCAACCGACAGGUGUUGCUGUUGUAGAAUAUGAAAAUUUAGUAGAUGCAGAUUUCUGUAUUCAAAAAUUAAAUAAUUAUAAUUAUGGUGGCUGUAGUUUACAGAUCUCUUAUGCCAAACGUGAUUAG